CGGUGGCGCGAUCGGCCGCCCGUCCGCCUGUGGUCGAUAACUCAGCGUCGGUCACCGCACGACCGCUGCCCUCCGCCCUCCGCCCUCCGCCCUCUGACUCUCACCGACAGCUCAGGACGAUCAGACGGCAGGCGGCUUUGGCAAGCACUUAAAGGCUGGAGCCUGAAGAGAAUGUAGAGAACGGAGGAAGCCAGGGCAGCUCUGAAAGUCUUUCACAGAUCGCCUCGUCCGCUGAGAGGCCAGCGGCUAGUGCCUGUGACAGCCUGAAAAGAAUUCUGCAUCUGGACACGGAAAUACUAGGCGUUCAGUCCGAGAGAAUUUGACGGGUCGUCUGAGCUCAGUGGAGUCAGAAACACGUUCGGACGCUGCACUGGAGUCGGCCAGUCCACUGUCAGUUCGUUGCCAUUGGCCGGGGCCAGUCAGUGUAUUGUCAGUGGCUGCAGGACGCUCUGUCGCCGGCCGCUGGUGCCCGGAGGAAUGCCAAUUACGCGGCGCAGUACGCCGAUCGGGCGAUCCUGUGGCUGUCGGCCGGCCGACGCGCCCGUUAACUAUUCACGGGUGUGACGGGUCGAGCCGGCCGCCCGCCGCCCGCCGGCCGCAGUGUGCCAGCGGCCGCGGCCGAGUUGGAAGCCUGCCGCGCGCCGCCGAUAAAGGCCAGUUCACGCCGAGCUCCGCUCCGGCAGUGACGCGACGUCAGACAGCCGGCGGGACUGUCGGGCCGUGUCGGAGCGAUUUGGGAGCGCGAUCACGGCCGUCCGGCUGCCGGCGGAGUGGGCGGUGCCCUCUGCGUCUUUGGUGACUGUGAGCGCGGGUCGGUGACCUGCUGACCCCUGUGACCCGCGGGCGGCCGGGGACGGCCGCCGGCCGGACGGUGACCUUUGACACCCAGUCAGCUGAGCGCCGCCCAGAGAGCUUUGGCGUGGCCACCGGCUAGGAUGAAAAGAGCGGCGAACGGGGACAAGGACCGGCGAACGCACAGUCUCGACUACUGGGCGCGGCUCGAAACCUCCUACCAGAAUACAGUCUUUCCUCCGAGACGCUUAAUGUCGUUGUCUGUUCGUCCGCCGAGAGAGGAGCGUGCCUUGGACCAGCUGCGAAAACCGGUGUCGACGCUGUCCAUCCCCGGUGCCAUGAGGUGUUCCGCCGGCGCCACUGCCGGCCUCAAGGAGGGCGAGGACCCCGGCAUCGCGCUGGUCGGCGUCCACACAGAGUACCCGCGCUACACGGACGAGCGCAAACUGCCCAAAACGCAAAAGCCGUCCGUCGGCUACAGGUUGGGCCGAAGAAAGGCGUUAUUCGAGAAGAGGAAGAGGAUCAGUGACUACGCACUAGUGAUGGGGAUGUUCGGCAUCGGCAUGAUGGUGCUGGAAAACGAGCUCAGCAGUGCAGAUAUCUACACAAAGGCCUCAUUUUGCUCCAUGGCAAUCAAGACGCUGAUUUCAGUGUCGACGUUCGUGGUGCUGGGGCUCAUCUGCGCCUACCACGCUCUGGAGGUGCAGCUGUUCAUGAUCGACAACUGCGCCGACGACUGGCGAAUCGCCAUGACGUGGCAGCGCAACGUUCAGAUCUUCAUCGAGCUGCUCAUAUGCGCCAUCCACCCGAUCCCGGGCGAGUACUACUUCAUUUGGACCACCAAGCUGUCCAACAACGGCAACAGCGGCCGCACGCUCAGCCGCAAGGUGCCCGUCGACGUGACGCUCUCGCUGCCCAUGUUCCUGAGGCUGUACCUCAUCUGCCGCGUGAUGCUGCUGCACUCCAAGCUGUUCACGGACGCGUCAUCGCGCAGCAUCGGCGCGCUGAACCGGAUCAACUUCAACACGCGCUUUGUGCUGAAAACUCUGAUGACGAUAUGCCCGGGCACGGUUCUGCUUGUGUUCAUGGUGUCGCUGUGGAUCAUCGCCAGCUGGACGCUGCGCCAGUGCGAACGAUACCACGACGAUGAUCACGCCAAUCUCCUGAAUGCCAUGUGGCUGAUCGCCAUUACUUUUCUCUCGGUUGGAUACGGGGAUAUUGUGCCUAAUACCUACUGUGGACGCGGCAUAGCGGUCACGACUGGUAUCAUGGGCGCCGGUUGUACCGCUCUCCUAGUGGCCGUCGUCUCCAGAAAGCUGGAGCUCACGCGCGCAGAGAAACACGUCCAUAACUUCAUGAUGGACACGCAGCUCACAAAAAGGUUGAAAAACUCAGCAGCCAACGUGCUCAGAGAGACGUGGCUCAUCUACAAGUACACCAAACUGGUGAAACGGGUCAACCCGGGAAGAGUGAGAACGCACCAGCGCAAGUUUCUUCUCGCCAUAUACUCAUUACGAAAAGUGAAAAUGGAUCAGCGCAAACUUAUGGACAAUGCGAGUACGAUCACAGACAUGGCAAAGGUGCAGAAUUCGGUGUACGAGCUGGUGGUCGACAUGAACACGCGGCAGGAACUGGCCGACGAGCGCGUCUCGGGCCUGGAGGAGCGGCUGGCCGCCAUGCAGGAGCAGCUGGAGCAGCUGCCGGACGUGCUGACGCGCUGUCUGGCGGCGCACCAGGAGCAGCUGGAGCAGCGCCGCCAGCCGCACACGCUGCACCCGGAGAUGGCGCUGCAGCGCUCUCCGCCGCGCCACCCGCCCAUCACGCGCUCCACCAAUGUCACCUCGCUGCCGGCGGCGCCUCCGGUGUCGCGCGCCAACACGGUCAACACGCCGCCGACGGCGCCGCCGCCGCCGCGCCGGACGCUGCCCCCCAGCCAGCGGGGCGGCGGGGCCGAGGCGUGACCGGCGCCGCGCGCCGCGCCGCCGCCAAGUGCCUUGCCCAGAGGAAUGAGCUCGUGAGAUGAGAGGGAUACUUCUGUGAUCUAGCGGGCGCCGGACGGAGCGCGCCGCCCGCUGCGUUGCAGCAGCCAACGGACCGCCCCGUUACCAUUUCAUUCCUAGGCGGGGCGCGCCGCUGCCUGACCGGUGAGGUUGUGAUGCGUCGUAGAGCAGUAGCCGCCUGCGCACGCGCGCCGCUUCAUUUUAGCGUGAGACAAGUAGCGUCUAGUUUGUUUUACACCUUUAGCGCCGGACGGCCUUACCAUGUCCCGUUUUUUGCGCGGGCUUGGCGUCUGGCGGGGCGCUGCGCUGCGGCCGUUUUCAGAGCUGUCCGCAGUGUCUAGCGGCUCUGUUGUUGGUGCUGUUAUGAGUGAGAUGUGUGCCGACAGUGGGCGAGUGAGGGCCAUAUGGUGUGAUCGACGCGUCCGGUGUGCGCCCGGCCGUCCGGGCUGUACAUAGGGGGCAGCCGGCCGGCGGCACGGCCGGCCGGUCGGCUUCUCCGACCUGCAGCAGCUCCCUCUAUAUGUUGUCGUACUGUUUCGUGUUCCGGUUUAGUUGUAAGUGAGUCUCUCAAUGUCACGCCUGGUUCCGUUGCGGCCGGGCGGGUCUCGUGGCGCGCUGCUGGUCCGCCGGCGUUCGCCCGUCGUCCGCUGCCGCUCUGUCCGCUGUCCGCUGUCCGCUGCCGCUCUGGUGUAGCCGCUGUGGCCUGUCCUCUGUCGCUCCGCUCCUCUAUACUGCUGCUGCCUCUCCCUCUGCACCCGACGCGACCGUCGAGCACCUCGCCGAUACUAGGGACGACGCCUCACGCCGCCGAUUUCCGCUCGAAAUCAAACGCCUCCUUCACGGCCCUAUCGUGGGCCCUCUAUCCGGAGUUUUGCGAGGCACGGUCACAGCUCUUGCUGUUAUCGCCGAAUCUCAUCUCUCGCGAACGUUACACCAUAAUGGCACCACACUUCACCUGAGCUUCUCGGAUGUUACUGAGAAUAGAUUCGGGACAUUUAAAAAUGACAGCCAGUCUUACCAUAAUAACUUGAAGGACCUCAUUUUGUAUUAAAUCACAAAGCAGUCACAAGCUCAAUACCAUCUUCCUUUCCACCCAAACAUUUCAGUAAGAAAUCAGCCCGGCCUCGCUUUUGUCGCUAAUCAGCUGGCAUCGCCCAAAGAGCCUCCUUGUUUCUUCGAGAUAUCUGCUCCUCCCACCAGUCACAGGAAAUACAUUAUUACACCAGA